AUUCCAAACCCGCGCUGAACCAAUCACCCCUUGGUUUUUAUCGCCAAAAUCGACUGGGCUCCAAAACUCCCUUCCAGACAUGCUAAACCCCAUAUUGCCUCUUCUUCUUCUUCUCUGAGUUUGCCCAAUUGAGUACGUUUCCCUCUUUUUCACUCAUGCAUGUUAGCAUUUUGCCUUUGUUUCUCCAUCGUUGGCUGUUUCGGAAGAGCUCGCAAGUUCAAAACAAGCGAAGCCUGAAAACUCUAGAAUUCAAUUCCGGCGUGAGAAGAGCUCGCAGUUUCAGAAACUGACGAACUGGGUUUUUGUUGUUAAUUUUUGGUUCGGUAAUGUUCCGAUUCUAAUCUGCCUUGCUUUAUUGUUGUGGUUUGUUUCUCUUCUUGUUGAUUGAUUACCUGUCCUGAAAUACUUUGUUUCACUGGGAUUUGAUGAAUUAUUUUUUUAUAAUGAUCUUAGCCUGCUGAAUUUAUAUUGCUUGUUCAUUUGUUGCUAAUUUUACUACCUUUUUUUAUGUAACGCAACUCUUCCUUAGAAAAUCAAGAAAUUUGUUUAUUCACUUGUUUUGGUUUUUCUAAACUUGAGACAGUUUAGAAAUUUUAGAUAUUAGUCGCCUUUUAUGGUUCCUUUGUGACAUUUUCAUCACACAUCAUUAAACCAAAUGAUGUAUUUGGGCGGACGUGAGGGCAAAUGACAUGAUUAAUAUAAAUUUUUAGAGCUACUGGUUGGCUGAGUAGUAAUACGCUAGUGCUGGGGCCAUGAAGCCAAAGGUUUGUUGCAAUCUUGCUUAACCACUUGGGGUUUACAUAGAUAUAUUAACAGAAUUUGAUUUAUAAUGUUGCAUUGAAUUAAUUGCUGAGGUGCUUGUUAGAAAAUGACGGUAAAUUUUAAAUUUAAGAUUGUGUCUGUAUUCAUUUGCUGCUGUGAUUGUUAGAAAAUGUCUGGGAAAACUGAAUUUUAGAGUUGUAUUUGAAAGCAUUUGCUGAGGUGCAGGGUAAAUUAGUCAGGAUGAGUGAGGAAAGCUAGUGCUUGCAGGUUUUGUUCACUGAUUAAUGUAAAAUUGACUUGCUGCGUUUCCUUUGAUGUACUUUGCACCAGGUGACAUGAUAGAGGUACAGGGUGUUAAUUUUUAGGUCGUGAUUCAUAUGCUGUUGUGUUCAGGAACGAUUGUAUUUUGUAUGUUUGGACAUUCAAACUAAUAGGCAUCAUGUCAUUGGCGAAGUAGAAAGAUAAACAGAGAAAGAAAAUAAAUUCCUCACU